GUCUUCGUUUGAUUUUUUUCUUAUGUGUUUUAGGCUACUUCAUUUAAUCACUUUGAAGUAACCUGAAAAACAAAAAAUAAAACUGCGAGUAAAUGUUUCAAUGAUUGGGUGAUUCGUACAAUUUGUAUACUUGCGAGCUGUCUACAUUUAGCAAGAUCGAUGGUUGAAGAGUAUUUGACAUUCACUAGUUCACGCAUCUGGUGUAGAUUUUAGAUUGGAUAUCUGUUUUAGCAGAUCCUUUCAUUACAUUAUGGAUUUUACAACAAAGGUCAGAAGGUGAAAAAGUGGAUAAUAUCAUGGUUGGAAGAACACAGGGGUCUCGUCAUUGUAUUGUUUUGUCUACCUGCCAGUUUUCUCUUUGAUUCAAUUUUCAAAUUACAGAGAUUGGUUCAUCAAAAGUUAUUUUAUGCUCCAGAGAAUCACGAUACCAGAGUCAAAUCCAUCCAGAAAAAGGUAAGGCAUUGGAAUGAACUACCUGUGGCUAAUAGAAUUCGAAUGUGUACAGCAAGACCGAAUUGGCUGAGUCUUUCUACAACAUUUUUCAGAAAAAAUGAAUGUUAUCAAGUAUCAAUUCCGCUCUAUGAUAUUCUUGACUUGGAUAAAGAAAGAAUGAUAGUUCGUGUGGAACCAAUGGUUUCUGUUGGAGAAAUAACCGAAUAUUUAAUUCCACUUGGGUAUACGCUGGCUGUGACAUUGGAAAUAUCAGAUGCAACUUGUGGUGGAUUGGCCGUGGCCGUUGGAAUGACAACUUAUUCACAUCGCGUUGGAUUGUAUCAGGAGGCAAUUGAAUCAUUUGACAUAGUUUUAGCAGACGGAUCACUUGUUCGGGCCACUCGAGAUGACCAUUCUGAUCUCUUUCAAUGUCUACCAUGGUCACAUGGUACUUUAGGAUUUCUUGUGGCAUUGGAAUUAAGGAUUGUUCCAGUAAAACCUUACGUUCAUAUGAAAUAUAUAUCAGUUAAAGGUCAAAAAGAAUACUGUGAUAAGAUGAGGGAAUUUUCAGGUGCUCAUGAUAAAGAUGCAAAACUACCUGAUUAUCUUGAAGCAACUGUUUUUUCAAAGAAUCAAGCUGUUAUAAUGGUUGGGAAUUUUGCAGAAUGUGAUUCACCAGAGAAACGAAGAAAAAUAAAUCAUGUAUCCAGAUGGUACAAACCAUGGUUUUAUAAACAUGUUGAAACAUUUUUGAACAAAACACACAAUGAAGAAUAUAUUCCACUGAGAGAAUAUCUCCUUCGACAUAACAGGGCUAUAUUUUGGGUUUUAGAGUCAAUGAUACCAUUUGGUAAUAAUCCCAUCUUUCGAUUAUUUCUUGGAUGGUUGUGUCCACCGAAGCCAGCUUUUCUCAAGUUUACGACAACGCCUGGAAUUAGAGCAAUGACAUUUGUUAAACAGGUGUUUCAAGAUAUUGUUUUACCAAUGACUGUUUUAGAAGAAUCUAUAAAUAAAGCAGAAGAGUUAUUUGAUACUUAUCCAGUGUUGAUAUAUCCAUGUACAAUAUACAAUCAUGGAAAGCACAGUGGACAGCUGAGGCCACCCCGACCUGAACAAAUGUGUCCUGGUACUGACUAUGGAAUGUUUUAUGAUCUGGGUGUGUAUGGAACUCCUGGUAAAGUAAAAAGAAAAGAAGGUUAUGAUGCGGUAUAUGCAAUGAGAAGUAUGGAAAGAUUCAUCAUUGACUCGGGAGGAUAUUCAUUUCUUUAUGCUGACAUAUUUAUGAAGACUGACGAGUUUGAGGAAAUGUUUGAUUUAACUUUGUACAGAAGUUGCAGAAAGAAAUACGGGACUGAAAAUGCAUUUCCCAAUCUAUAUGAUAAAGUGAAACCUGAAGUCGAUGUGUUCAGUAUUGGUAAACAAUAUGCUGAGAACAAUUGAUGAUAAGUUCUACUUUUAUAAUGUAAAUAAACGGUGAUGGGAUUCAAAUUUUUUGUCAGCCGGUUCUGCUACAAAAAGUCAUUGACAGUAACCAGUAAUGCCAACCGGUUCGCUGAUCUCAUAAAAUACGCUUCUAUAGAACCGGCUGAAUCCCACCACUGCAAAUAAAUAAUAUAGACAAGCUGCGAAUUGUUCGGACGUAAAAUUUGCUCGUUUAUUGAUUCAGGAAAUAUAUAGCUCUUAAACAAGAACAACAAACUGUAGGAUUUGAAAUUUAGAACAGAAACUAAACUGCUAGGGUGCUAUUAUUUAUUUUUGUUUCAAUAAUAAAAAUUGCGCUUCUUGGGACGAUUACAUGUUUGACGCUAUCUGGUGGUCAGCGAAGUCAUGAAGACUGCGGUUCAGGUUUCUACAGAUUGCAUACGCACAUACUCUGGUCUUCAAGCAUGAAUAUAUUCUAUAUUAAAAUAA